GGCCCUCGCGCGCCGCUCCCGGAGGCCUGGGUGGGAUCGCGCCGCCGCGGCCCGGCCUCGUCCUGGAGGCGUGGUGCGGAGCCUGGUGCGGAGCCUGGUGCGGCCGCCCUCCGCCCCUCCCGGCACCGGCGCUCGCUCCCGGCCGGCCCACGGGGGUCUGCGCGGCCGGGAAGGCGAAGCGGCUGAGGGGCAGGGCCAUCGGCCGAGCUGGAGAGCAACAGGAUGGCAGUGGGUGGAGGGCACAGGGACACCCUGACUUGUGGCUUAGGGACCUGAGCCACCAGGUGGAAGUGACUUUCCCAAGGACUCGAGCGCAUGGAGGCACCGCUGGCACCAGGACCAGUUGUCGCACUCCCAGAGGAACCCCGUUCCCAGAGCGUGGCCCCCAGAACUUUGAGCUCCAUUCCUGGCUCUCCAUCUCCUUGUGGGGUAGUUUGCGGUGGAAAGGAGAGACCCCCGACCACAUGGGACAUCCAGUGGGGCCCUCAGAUGCUGGUUUCUGAGCAUCCGAUCUGAUGUGGGCUCUGCGUGUCUUGGGACCCCCAUCAGGCCAGAUUUCCUUCGAGUGUGGUCAGAGACCACCUGCUCCCUGAAGUAGGGAAGCUUGUUCAAUUUCUGAGGCUGUACUUCAGACUUACUGAGACCAGGGAACCCGCCUUUUAAGCCCAUUCACCAGGAAACUACUUUGCCUCACACUUCUUCAUGGGAGGUGAGAAAUUCGACACCCCCCAUCCUGAGGGUUACCUCUUUGGAGAGAACAUGGAUUUGAACUUCCUGGGCAGCCGCCCAGUGCAGUUUCCCUAUGUCACUCCUGCCCCCCAUGAGCCGGUGAAGACUCUGAGGAGCCUGGUGAACAUACGCAAAGACUCCCUCCGGCUGGUGAGGUACAAAGAGGAUGCCGACAGCCCCACCGAGGAUGGCGGGACACCCCGCGUGCUGUACGGCCUGGAGUUCACCUUCGAUGCCGACGCCCGCGUGGCCAUCACUAUCUACUGCCAGGCGGCGGAGGAGUUCCUGAACGGCACGGCAGUGUACAGCCCCAAGAGCCCUCCUCUGCAGUCCGAGACCGUCCACUACAAGAGAGGGGUGAGCCAGCACUUCUCCCUGCCUUCCUUCAAGAUCGACUUCUCCGAGUGGAAGGAUGAUGAGCUGAACUUUGACCUGGACCGGGGCGUGUUUCCAGUGGUCAUCCAGGCUGUGGUGGACGAAGGAGAUGUUGUGGAAGUGACUGGCCACGCCCACGUACUUCUGGCUGCCUUUGAAAAGCACAUGGACGGCAGCUUCUCUGUGAAACCACUGAAGCAGAAGCAAAUCGUGGACCGUGUCAGCUACCUGUUGCAGGAGAUCUACGGCAUUGAGAACAAGAACAAUCAGGAGACCAAGCCCGCAGACGAUGAGAACAGUGACAACAGCAACGAGUGUGUGGUGUGCCUGUCAGACCUGCGGGACACACUGAUCCUGCCCUGCCGCCACCUGUGCCUCUGCACCUCCUGUGCCGACACGCUGCGGUACCAGGCCAACAACUGUCCCAUCUGCCGACUGCCGUUCCGGGCCCUCCUGCAGAUCCGGGCGGUGCGCAAGAAGCCAGGGGCCCUGUCCCCUAUCUCCUUCAGUCCUGUCCUGGCCCAGAGCAUGGACCACGACGAGCACUCGUGUCCCUUUAAAAAAUCAAAGUCGCACCCUGCCUCCCUGGUCAGCAAGAACCCUAAAAGGGAAACAAGCUCGGACAGCAUCCCACCUGGCUAUGAGCCCAUCUCCCUGCUGGAGGCACUCAAUGGUCUUCGUGCUGUGUCCCCGGCCAUCCCUUCGGCCCCCCUUUAUGAAGAAAUCACCUACUCGGGUGUUUCAGACGGCCUCUCCCAGGCCAGCUGUCCGCUUGCUGGGAUGGAGCGAAUCCUGGAGAGUGGCCACCAGGCCAAGCCCAGGAGCAAGUCUCCAGACAGCACCCUGCGGUCCCCAUCGUCCCCGAUCCACGAGGAGGACGAGGAGAAGCUCUCGGAGGACUCAGAUGCUCCUCUCCCGCCCAGUGGUGCGGAGCUGGCGCUGCGGGAGAGCUCCCCCGAGAGCUUCGCAGCAGAAGAGGCGGAUGCGUCCUCGCUGAAGCAAGGGAGCCGGGUGCCUUCCAUCGAGGACGUCCUGCAGGACAGCAGCCCUGAGCACCAAGGCUGCAGCCAGCCAGGCCCUCCUGCUGACAUUUACCUGCCAGGAUGGUCCACGUCCAUGGAGACAUCCUGCAGCCUCGGCAGCCUUGGCACCACUGGUCCCCCCUGGCCUCCACUUGGUGGCUCCAGUCCUGACCCUGGGACCACUGACCUGACCCCACUCUGAGAGUUAGGCCAAACUGACAGCACGGAACCCUCAGACUGCCAAGGGGCUGCUCUGGCCCCAGCGUGAUUCCAGUCUCUGCUGUCGGCAUGACUCACGGCCACCAGGCUCUGAGGGGCCAUGGUGACCCUCGAUCAAAGAGCACAGUGACCUGUCCACUCUUCAAACCCUCUUUUUCUAUGGUCAAUAUGUUUGUAAAUGGCACAAGAUGAAGGACAGUGACUUUCUACCUGGGCACUGGCCCUGGGAGUUCCCCAAAUGCCAGGGUCAGGGUCCCUGAGCACUUAGCAGACCAGCAGAAGAGAACGGGUCUGUGGGUGAAGUGCGUCUUCACAGACGUUCUGGGGCGCAGUCACAGUUGACGAAGGGAACAGCGCCUGUCGGCCCACCCGCGUGUCCCAGUGGCACCCUGGUUCUCGCUGCUGCUGUGGCAGGGCCCGCUCUGGGUCCCCUGGCACUGGGGGCCUUUCCAGCGUGCAGCCUGGGCAGCUAUGGGCGAGGCAGGGGCUGGCCCCACCGUGGGGUGAUGCCCUGGUCACUGUGCCCUGUGCCUUCUCACGUCCCGGCUUGCUCCCCUCCAGUGUCCCCACAUGGAGCCUUUCUGCUCAGCCAGUGGCACUGCCCACCUACCCACCAGGGAGGGGCCUGAGCUGCGUCCCCAGCUGCCUGUAGGAAUUUAAAUAUCCCUUUGCAGCAGCAAGACUUCCGUAGCAGGACCUGCCGGGGGAAAGAGGGCGUCGAGGGCCCAGCUGUGACGCUGUGCUUGCAAGCAGCUUGCAGCAGACGGGGCACCUGGUGCCAGUGCCUGGAGCAGAGCUGCCCAGUGGGCCUGGGGCCCGUGCUCUUGCUGCUCUCCUGGCCCAGGGAGCUGCCCUGCCACUGACCCCUGAGGGAGGGACCGAGGCUCGGGUGCUUGAGCCAGGGCUCUGCCCAGCCGACACCUGGGGGAGACCCAGCAGUGGCUGGUCAUUCUUCCCAGCGAGCCUGUGAGCAGAGCUCUCCUGCCACCCAGCUUCGCCCCGCCUGCUGUCUGCGCACAUGUGCACACGUGAGUGCAUGCACACCAGCCCCCUCCUGACCCUGCCCGUUGGUAUUGGUGCCAGUUGUUUGAAGGAUGGGGUGCACACUGGCCCGUCUUGACCUCAGCGUGCUAUUACCUGAUGUACUCUGAUUGGCAUCAUUUUUUGUUUUUACUGUUUAUUUAUAGUAAUAAAAUCAUGCGGCAAUA